AUGGAGCAAGUGUUGGUUUUCCCCACUUUGGGCAACCAGCAAGGAGCAGCCCCUGUAACUUUCAGGUCCCAUGAACUUUACCUGCUUGGGGGAACCCAGAGCAUCGCCGGCAGCAGUCCCAAGGGAGAUCGCAACAGCAGUGGUAAGGCCCAGGGGGCAGCUGCUUUCACUGAUAAACCCGACAAGACCCAAGAGCAGGAGGCACUAAGGGUCUGUGCGAUGCCAGCAAUCACCCUGGGCAGCGAGAGGCGCCUGUCCCAGCAGCCACAGAGCGUGGGUUACAAGGCGAUUAGGCCCUCAGCCUGUGACAGGAGACCUGGGGUCUCUUCUCUGCUCAGCCGCAGCCUUGCUGGGCGACGUUGGGAAGGGUCACUAGAAGUGACUAGGAUUCAGCUCAUGGAGAAAGGAGGAGGGGGAAAUCAAACGUCUGUCACGGAAUUCAUCCUCCUGGGAUUUGGGGAUCUCCCCGAGCUGCAGACCCUUCUCUUCCUGCUGUUUCUAGUGAUCUACAUAGUAACCAUGGCUGGGAACAUCCUCAUCAUAGCGCUAGUUGUGGCUGAUCAGCACCUUCACAGUCCCAUGUACUUCUUCCUGGGGAACUUGUCCUUUCUGGAGACCUGCUACAGCUCCACCAUCCUGCCCAGGGUGCUGGCCAGUCUCCUGACUGGGGACAGAACCAUUUCUGUUCCCAGCUGCAUCACACAAUUGGUUUUAUUUGGUUCUCUGGUAACUACAGAGUGUUAUCUCCUGACAGUGAUGUCUUAUGAUCGGUAUUUAGCCAUAUGCAAACCGCUGCACUAUGGAGCCCUUAUGAAUGGAAGGCUGUGCCUCCAGCUAGCAGCUGGGUCUUGGAUUAGUGGAUUUCUAAUUUGUACAAUAGUCACAUGUGUUAUAUCACAGCCAAUUUUCUGUGGUCCCAAUGAAAUGGACCAUUUCUUUUGUGAUUUCACCUCAUUGAUUCAACUCUCCUGCAGGGACACCAGCCAGAUCACACCGGUUAUUUAUAUAUUUUCCUUCCUAGAUGCAGUUUCCCCUUUUCUAUUAACCCUGAUAUCGUACAUUUGUAUCAUUGCAACCAUCCUGCGAAUCCCGUCCACCACCGGGAGGCAAAAGGCCUUUUCCACCUGCUCCUCUCACCUCAUUGUGGUGGUACUUUUCUAUGGGACCAUCAUGAUUGUCUACAUGCUGCCGAAAUCCGGCACCCUGAGAGCCCUGAACAAAGUGUUCUCUGUCUGCUACACAGUCCUGACUCCCCUGGCCAAUCCACUCAUCUACAGCCUGAGAAACAGAGAGGUCAAGGAGGCCCUGAGAAACGCUGUCAGGAGAGCUGUGACCCUUACAAAGAAUCCAAACUAG